GAAAUUGCACGUGCAGGCCGCAUGCAAGGCAUACUCUCAAUUAUUUUGUUACGUAUGGGGUCUUGUAAAGUGCCCGGAUGAGGUUUCCUAUGCCAAAAUUCGACAGUAAUGGCGGCCGGUCGACCCAGUGAUCAGCAUAUACCGGGGUUCUUCUCUCGUUUUCUCUUGCUGGAGUAAAUGUAUCGAGCCGACGUUACGCAGAAAUGGUGUGCAAGGAAGAGGUCUUCUCCUGGUUCCAAAGUUUGACCAGUCCCAAAAGGAUAGAAUUUUUGUGCGGGCUGUUGGAUUUCUGUCACCCUAUCGAGCUUCGAUUCUUGGGAACCUGUCUAGAAGAGCUGUGCCGAAAGGAUUACAACUUUCUCAGGGACUCCGAGCAAAAGGCGAACAACACACAUGAACUACAGUCACUGGACGAUAUCGGAGAUGAUACCGUACGGACGAAACUUAUCGUGUAUCUGGCUCUGUUGUACACGACGAAUAGUCAGGGGUCGAACGUUCUGUCCCAUACAUUGAAUCACGUUGAAAGCACCGUUCUGAAUGGGCUGCAGCUCACAGAGCAAAUCAAGGAGGAGUUUCUCCUGCUCCUCGCCAUGGCAGCUAACCACCCCGCGUUUUCCAUCCACCAGCGUCUGACUUUCAGUACCCAGAUGGAAAGGUUACAAGCUCAGCCAACUGUUGAAGUGUGUAAGGGGUCAAGUGCAGAUCAUAGGAAAGAGGAGGAGGAGGUCAUCUCUGAGGAGAACUUCACAACUCCUGGUACGCAGCCCAACACAGACAACAGCAAGGAGACUCAACAACCAAAAGUAUAUGUGAGAUCCAUUGAGGUCAAAGGUUGCAAGAAGACAGGUGGCCGUGAGCGAGGAUGUGUCUACACCAUGCAGGUCAGCUGGUCGGAUGGCACCCUCACUACUGUCAACAGAACCUACCGGGAUCUGUGCGACUUCCAGUGCAAGCUGCAGAAUCUGUUUCCUGAUGAGACUGGUGCAAACAGGAGCAAGGGGAUCAUCCCCCACCUGCCAGGUAAAGCUGGGGAGACUGGCAAGCGAGAUGUUGACAUGGAGAACUAUGUCAGACAACUGGUGUCGUUACCCAGACAUAUCCUGGAGUCGGAUCAUGUGACCAGCUUCUUCGGCCACCAGCAGUACCACCACCCCUACCCGGCCAGCCCCGCCCCAGCCGGACACACCCCCAACAAUGUGCAAGACGGUGUAGAUGAGUGUAGAAGACCCUGGCCUGCCAGUGAGCCCAGCCCGAGCGGCGGCUCUCACCAGCACCACUGUCCCACCUCCAUCCCCUCCACCUGCCACGAUGCUGCAGGCAGCACUGCAGGCUCCCCACACCCUGCCCCUGAGAUGCCCUCGCCAGUGAAUGACCACAAGGCGGGGAUGCCUUUGCAGAUUCCCAUGGUCCAUGGGCCGACCAUGCCUACGCAUGUCAGCUACCAGUGUCCCAGACAAGCUAGGUUUUACAAGCACACCUAUGCAUCCCUGAGAACCUCCUCCCCCGCCCCCAGCACCUCGGCCUUGCCCAUGCCCCUCCCCUCCCCCCACGAGACGUUCCUCCCCUCCCCACCCCCCACCUCUCCCAGGAAUCUGGAGAUUAUGCUGAAGGACAUCCGACUCCACAAGUACUACCCCCAGCUCAAGGACUAUCGCAUGGAACAGAUCAUGGGUAUGACGGACGAGGAUCUUGCGAACCUUGGCUUGACAGAAGGGGCGCGACGGAAACUCAAAAUCCACCUGGAUGCAGUGCAGAACCCUGCGUUCAGAGCGGUCUUGGGACCCAAGAACAAGACCACAUGUGGCCAUAGGAAAGGGCCCAUGAACGGACUCCACGUCGACAUCCCCAUCCAUCAGGCCACCGCGGUGGUGACCGGACCCAUGCCGGUCAUGCCUCCUCCGUCCCCCAUCCAGACACCGCCCCCCAACUACCCCCCCACGGUGCAACCCAUGCCCCAUCAGAACCUGCUGCACAUGCAGAGCCUGCCGUCCAACAGUGGUGACAGCUCCAGCUCGGAGUGCUGCAGCUCCCCCACCCCCUCCAGCCCCAGGCACGGGGACAAGGAGUCAUCAGACAGCAGCGAUGAGGAGGAGAAAGAAGACGAGUAUCCUCUGAGGCAAGUAGCCAACGCAUGGAGGAACCCUCCCCACAACAGGAGAGCCAGCUUGCACCACCCCUCCCAGCAGAGACCCCCUCCUCCGCCACCACCCCCUCCCCCCUUCUGCCACGUGGAGACACAGCAUCGCAGCCACUGGACACACCGGCAGCCCCACAUGGGCCGCAUGGAAAAAGGCUACCCUCCCAACCGUCCUUAUGCAAUACCCAUCGUCCCAAACGCAGUACCCCAGAUGGGACAUGGGGGCGACCAGAGCCCUGUGCCACCUCUCCAGAGCCCGUUGGACGGAAGGAUCAUCCCCACGGUCAAUGCCACGGCAGUUAUCGCCACGACGCAAGUGGAGAACAGAUCCCAGGGGAACAACCUUCGGCCGAACGUCUCGUCCUUCCAGCCGCAAAUGAUGUCGCCGCAGGCGGAGAACUUCCCACACACGACGCUGACGCUCCCGAGCACCAUCACCACGGUUUCCGUGGCGACAACGGGAUUCACCAUGUUCCCGCCGCAGGGUAAGUGUGCGGUCAUUCCGCCGAGCGUGAACGAAAUCGUAACCAUCGGGAAGGGCACGGUCACCUUUGUGAGCACCACGACGUCGCCGAAUCCAGAAACACAUUUCUGCAGCACCAAGCCUACGACAAAUCCCACACAGACCGUUGCUCAAACCGUCCCCUCUAAAGGAGAGAGCAAAGAGGCGGCCAGCAUGACAGAGGAGAGCUCUGAAGGCAGUGCCAAAGGCACCACUACAGUAACUUAUGCCAACCCAACCUUGCAGAAUGCAGUCAACAUGACCAGUGAAAGCAGUCCUUCUCCAAGCACUUCCACCACUCCCUCCAACCCCCCGCCUGCGCCCCCUCCCCCUCCUUCCAGCUCACACAACGGGCCCCACUCCAGAGGGUGUAGCAACUGUGGAUGUAGCGGCAACUGUGGCUCCUCUUCCAGCAGCAACUACACCUUCAACUACCCGGGGUACCUGCACCCCAACAACAUGAACUCUCCCUUCCCGUUCCACUUCGGACACUACUUCCCCAACUUGGGAGGAAACGGACUGAUCGGCAUCCCCCCGCCGAGCAACAUUCCAUCGUACGCGUCCUUCCCCCACAUCCCCCCGCUGCAGUUCCCCAACGGACUGAACCCAGCCAACAUGUACAACUUCCAGGGGAGCUACGGACACAUGCCGCCCAACUACAUGCACCCGGGGCUGAUGCUGCAGGGGGGGCAGGGCAUGUUUCCCAUGGGGGGCAUGGGGAAGGGGAAGGGGAGCCAGACGUGUUACAACUGUGGAGCCACGGGACACACGGCACGAGAGUGUAAGGACAGCACCAUGGAACAGAUGUCUGCGCAAGGAAUGUUCAGACUGAAGUACCAGCCACAAGAAUCAUUAGACACCACUGACUAGCAGCCAACAUAAUUAGCUUAACGUCUGUGUGUGUUUCAAUGUCAGCCUGUUGAGACUUCUCAAACAGUCCAAAUGUGAUGUUUGUAAUGAUUUUCACUAUUUUGAGGACAAUCUUGCCUGCUUUUAUAAGGAGAACUCUACAUAAUGUAACAUUAAAUGACCAAAGGAUAUGAGGAUAUUAAGAUGUGUAAUAGUACAAAAAAUAUCUUUAACUGUCAAUUCUGCAAGUUUGGGGUUUUCCUGGGGAAACCCUAUCAUUGUGAUACUAUGUAUCAAAGGUUUAUUUUUGAGUUGCAUAGUGGAAAUUCAUCAACAUAGCAAAACAAGGAAGCCUCACUCACACAGUGCAUAAAUAGUGUAUGCAAUAAAGUUUGCUCUGAUACGGUUAGGUCAUACCUUUGGGGUUAUAAACAAAAAGACAACAGUGCAAAGUCCAGGAUAGAUCCAUCUCAUGACUUCAGAUUUUAUUUUGCAAAGCCUCUGUAAAUAUGUACACACAACAAUGAAGGAAAUAUGUUGCCGUCCCUGAAAAACGGGGGCUAUGUUGUACACAUAUCAUCUGUGCUCUGUUGGUGUCGAAAGUCAAUAAGUAAAACCAACAUUUAGAGCUUUUCCAAAAAAAUUCUGUACGAUCUUUACAGUUAAACAUUUCACAACAGUUGCCAAUGCCGCCAUUGCUUGUAUGUUGAAUCCUUCGCUUGAAAGUCGACGGUCCCAGAACGCAGAGCAAACUGUCGAUAUGUGUGCCCGCUGCAGUGACAGCUACAGUCUUGCAUCUGCUGCUGGUAGCGUAGAGGUCCAAAACAAGUGUCACUCAGGUUGGGCACUGUCCAAUGACAUCAUGUUCUUGCAUAGGACACCAUACGGAAAAUGCUGUACUUGUCACAAAAACUCGAAUCGUAGUGCUAAACCUGUCAUCACAGAGCGGUCAUCCAUCCAAAGGCUCUGCGAUUUCUUGGAAGUCACCACAGAGAAACGACGCAGAAUCGAGGCAGAUUAUUUUGCGAGUUAUUCAAUUCAUAAAUACAGUAGCUAUAAAGAAGGAAAAGUAAGAAAAUCUGCUGUUGAGUUGCCAAUGUGUGCGCUGUAGGCCAGAAAAUGGCCUGCAACUAAAGGUGGCGAGUUUAGCGUCAAUAUUGUUACUAAUGCUUCCGGAUGCACUUUGUUUACCAUAGAACUGUAAAUAUAUAUACAUAUAUAUAUAUCUAUAUAUAUUGUACCUGGUAAGGGACCGAUGGAGAUAUACAAACUGUAGAGGACGUGAUAAUUUAUAAUGAAGUGCAAACGACUUUUUUGCUUGCUGUAUGUAUACUUUGCUCUUUUUUUGCUUGAUUCAACAUUGUGUGUGAGAGGCAACCAAAAAUUGUGCAUGUGCAAUUGUUGGCCAUCAUGCUUUUCAUCCAUCAACAGCCACAGUUUUUUGUCAAUAGGAAGUGAGCAAAAUUAUUCAGGAUCGUUGGACAGACAUGUUUUGUUUACCGUGUUUACCUUCUGACUUGUGCUGUACGCAAUACAAAGUUGGUGCUUUGACAAGGAAAAAGGUGUAUCCAGUCAGAUCCGUCAGUGGUAAAGGAUGUACUGCUUGUGUUUCUGUAGGAGAUAGUGUGGUUUUACUCCAGCAAUAUCUGGACAAGCUUGUCUAUUUUAAGUCAGUAGAGAGCAUGUACAUUUUUUUAGAAAUGUUUGUUGCAGGGAGAUGGAGAAAGAAAAACAUGGAUGUUUGUUGAAGUUUUAUGUAAUCUUCUCAAAGUGAGGUUUUUUUUGGUCUUUGCGUGACACAAGAUCUCGUAACAUCCCCAAUGAUAGACUGUCGUGUGUGACAUGUACUUGGACACAUAGAUAUUGGGUUGGAUAACUGAUUACAGCUGCCUUGGUUAUAAUGUAGGAGGAACCAGGCCAUGCUCUGUUAGAUAGCUACCCGCUCAUUCUCUAUUAUCACACAGAUAUAUCACAGCUAUUGUGGCGCUAUGGAAAGAGAAAAUAUAUCUUGUGGGGAGCCCAAGUACCAAGUCACUGUCUUUGCUCUUUUGCCGCCACAACUGUCACACAAGUCUUGCAAAAGUGACUACAGUGACUAGAUCCUCUGUUAGUAGUAAUACAUGGAGGAAAGAAUAGUGUUGGAUGGUGUGUGGUAAGAAAGUUCAGAGUGGAUGACAUCUGACUCAGAGAUCUUGGUGUCGAUGACGUGUGUAUAUAUAUCACCUUGGUACCAAAGCCAGCCUGUCAGACUACCCAACGUGAUGAUGUUGCAUGGUGUACAGUAGAUAAAAAAA